AUCGUUGUUGUUGUUCCACUGAAGUGAAGAAUUAGGGAAAAUAUAUAUAAAGCAAAUAUAAGUUUAAAAGAAGAGAAGAGGAAAAUGGGAAGGCCUCCAUGUUGUGAGAAAGUAGGGAUAAAGAAAGGGCCAUGGACUCCUGAAGAAGAUAUCAUUCUUGUUUCUUACAUUCAACAACAUGGUCCUGGCAAUUGGAGAUCAGUUCCUACUAACACAGGAUUGUUGCGUUGUAGCAAAAGUUGUAGACUUAGAUGGACCAAUUAUCUUAGACCUGGAAUUAAAAGAGGCAAUUUCACUCCUCAUGAAGAAGGAAUGAUCAUUCAUCUUCAAGCUUUAUUGGGUAACAAAUGGGCGGCGAUAGCUUCGUACCUUCCUCAAAGAACAGAUAAUGAUAUCAAGAAUUAUUGGAACACUCACUUGAAAAAGAAGCUUAAAAAGUUGAAUUCCGCCGCCGUCGACACCCCGGAGCCGCCUGAAUCCGCCACCACUCGCUUUCAAUCCAAUGAUAAAGUUCCGACUGCUGAUUCACCCUCGUCGCUAGUUUCAAACAGAGCCACCACUUACGCCUCAAGUGCCGAGAACAUUUCCCGGCUUCUUCAAGCUUGGAUGAGAUCUUCACCGGAGGAAUCUCGACGGAAAAUGAGCGGUGAGAAUUCUAUAGCCGCCGCCACGCAGCAGCAGCAGCAGCCGAAAGCAGAGCCAGACGGCGGGGAGUUGGUUUCUGGUGAAGAAUUUGAUUCGAUUUUGUCGUUUGAGAAUAUGAAGAGUGUGAAUUCGUGGGGGAAAUCGAGUUUGAGUUAUAAGGGUAAAGAGGAAGUUAAUGUUGGAGAGAAACAGAGUUCGGAGAACGAUGACGCUACGGCGGAGAAUGCGACGGCGCCGCCGCUAUCGUUUCUUGAGAAGUGGCUGUUUGAAGAAGGCGCCGCGGGGCAAGUGGAAGAGAUGAUGGAGUUGUCGCCGGUGUUCUAGCC